UGCGUGUCCAUUUGAGAGUAAACGUGCUGAGAGUCGCUCUCAAGCUGCUCUCGAGAGCGAUCUCGCAAAUGGACAUAGUCUGGAGAGUAGCUCGCGGAGAGUUGAUAAAUUACUCUCGACAUUCGACUUUUUUGAGAGUCACUCGCAAGUGGACACAUGUGCCUACCACUAUCCGAGAUAAGCUCGCGGAAUACCAACACAGUUCGUAUUUUGCGAGUAGCUCUCGAGAGUUAACAUGGCAAAGCAGUGGACAUUGGAGGAAACCAAUCAACUCAUUGAAAAAUAUGAGUCAGUUGAAAUAUUGUGGAAAACUUCAGAUAAAUCAUUUCGCGAUAGAAAUAAAAAAAGCGUAGUUUUAACUGAAUUUGCGAAACAGUUCUCGUGUUCUGAAGAUGAAAUAAAAAGAAAGCUUCAUAACUUAAGAAACCAGAUGUCCCAAGAAUUAAAAAAAAGUAAAAAAAGAAAAAGUGGAGCAGGAACUGACGAAUUAUAUAGCAGUAAGUGGCCCUAUUUUCGGGCUCUGCAGUUUCUUAUUCCAUUUUUAACGCCUUCUGAAACCAUCUCAAAUCUGAAUAAAGAAACGAACUGUAAAAAUGAUGUGCCUACUACAGUUACAACUGAGAUUACAUCUGAAUCACUGAAAACGGUGGAAAUCAUAAAAAAGAGUGAUCCGAAAGGAAAACAAAAAAAAAGGAGAGCUGAGUCAGAUGAUGAAGAUUCUCUCAAAGCGGCCUUAAAAAUUUUAAAAAGGGAACCGGAUGAGCAUGAUAUUUUUGGGGAAUAUGUUGCUCAAGAAUUACGCAGCCUAAAGUUUGAUUUUAAUAAACGAAAGCUCAAAAGUGAAAUUCGCAAGGCUAUAGUUCAUAUAGCUGACGAUGAUGACUCACUUUCACAACCUUCUACAAGCUUUCAGUAUUCUCAAACAAAUGAUGAUUCUACAUCAUCUGUUUCUGGUCAAUUAAACUUUUCGAACGUUAACUUAUCAGAAGGACAAUCAAAUAAAACUUCAGGAGAAUAUAUAACACACGUUGAAUUCGAGAAAUUUUAAAAAAAUAACUUUAUCUUGAAACUAUGUAUUUUGUUCAUAUAAAUUUGAGUUGAGAAUAAAUUUUUUUCGUUUUUACCUUCAAAAACUUGUCUUUUAAACUGUUGAAAAUUGCUGGACAGACAUCUCUCACAAUUCUUCCUAUUGUACACACUGGAAUCCGAAAAAGGUACUGAAGGCUGCCGUAUGAAUCACCUGCACAGAUUAUACAAUUAACUUUUAGUUUUUCCUUCGAAAUUUGCGAUUCAUUAUGCUUACCGGAUGCUAAAAAUCUAAGUGUUACCAGUAUACGCUCGCGUACUGGUAUGGCUUCCCUUAACUAUGUAUCUUUUUUAAAAAUUAUGGGUCCAACGUUUUGAAUCAAAAAUUCAAUUUGACCAGCUGACAAUCGGCAAAAAUUUCGAAAUUGUUGAGGAUCUUCAAUUUGAAGCUCUCUUGAAAGAGCAGACCCCGCACCGAAUUGGUUACGACGAUCUACCCACGGUUUGACCCAACAUUUUUUUUAAUU